UCAUUUGUCUAUAUAGACUCUCUCUCAUCGCCCUGGCCAAUUGCUCUCAUCUCUUUCGUUCGUUUUGACUGUGUCUCUUUCGUUUCCUUUCUCUCUCUCUCUCUCUACACCACUUUCUACGCAAGCGUGCUCACUGCUUUCAUCUCUUUGAGCUCUCUCUGGAUCUCAACUUUCUGGUCAAGCUUUCUCUUUUGAUAGAAUAUAUAUACAUCUGAUUACGUAACCGUGGCGAUCUGUUUGAAGAAAGGACAUUAUGCGGUGGUAUAGUUUAUCAACUGAUGUUUUUCGCAAAGGCAUCUCUUCAAACCUUUACUGCCGUGUGAUUCUGUAAAUCAGUCUUAAAUUUAACGACUUUCCGAUUCUAAAACCUUACCCAUUUCUCUGUCUCUCAAUCUCUCUUGCCCGAUCUUUGAUUGUUUUCCAUGGGAUCAAGUCGAUUUGCUGUUAUUCCUUGCUACGUUCGUUGGAUUAGUUGAAAUUCAGAUACUAAAUCGAUUUAAUCAGACCUUCUACUUCUCAUUUGCUUGAAUUUGCUUGGAUUGUUGUGGAGGGUUUCUCUUUAUUCUUCUUCGUUUGAAUUGGGAUUUGAAGAAAAAACAAAAGGGUUUGGGAAUUGUAGUUAUGGUGUGCCAAGCAGCGAGUCAAACAAGAUUCCGGGCAUUAAAGCACGAGAAUGGUAUUGCUGGUAGUGCCACCAUUAUAGUUAGAGUAAUUGCAUGCUUUCAACCUCUACAGGAUUGCCAGGCUGAAUAUUUCCGCCAUUUGCUUAAACCUGUCACGUAGAUCAUUUCCUUUUCAAGUGUUGUCUUCAUUCGAGCUGGAUUUUGUUUAGUUUUUGUUUGUUUGUUUAUUGUUUACUGUUUGUUUUCUACCAUCAAGCUAGCAAUCAAUCAAUUUUGCUGGCAGGCUGAACAAAACCCUAAUAUUUGGUGAUUGAUUCGAUACGGUUCUGUUCGAUGGAGAAGGAUCUAGGAUCCUGGUGGUAUCACCUGCAAUCUGACGGGCAAUUUCUCAAUUCGAACAAUAUUUCAAGUUCAGGAUUUGGCUCACAGAGGUCAAAUGGUUUACCUGCUAAUGGGUUUUUGCCAGGAUAUCCAUAUAAUACUGGGAUUCCUCAAACGAAAGUCGGCCAACUGCCUGAACAAUUUGGUUGGUCUUACUGUCUACCGCGAUUCAGGCAGGCCUUCACAUCUAUGCAGAAUAAAAGUGCCGUUCAAAGAGAAAAUCUUAAGGAAUCAGUUGAGCCAAAUCCUGUAUCUCUUCAACAAAAGAGAUUCCUCGUCUUUGAUCAAUCAGGCGAUCAAACCACCUUAAUGUUUAGCUCAGGGAUUGGAAAUCAAGUCCCUGGUUCGGCUUCACUGACCCCUAAACUCGAUAAUGUUUAUGCCCCAGUCCCAGAGAGGAUGAACGAGGGUAAUAGAUUAAACACGGGUCAUUUGACAGAUGAUUGUAAUGGAUAUCAUAACGAUGAUAACGAGAGUGAGAUGCGCGAAGACACUGAAGAGCUUAACGCGCUGCUGUAUUCGGACGACGACAGCGAUUGUGAUGACUAUGAAGAAGAAGAAGAAACUAGCACUGGUCAUUCACCUAAUAUUGAAAAUGGAGAAGAAGAAGAAGAAGUUGCGAAUUCUGUAGGGAGGAGAACCGUAGUAGAAGAAGAAGAAGAAGUAGUAUUUGAUGUUGAGUCUGUUAUGGACACUGCAAGUUCUGGGAAACGAAAAAGUUGGUUUGAGGACGAGCAAGAUGCAGAAUCUUACUGCUGCAGGGGUGUGAAGAAGAAGAAGAAGGUAGGAGGGGGGGAAUGCGAUGGAAAAUCGAAAAAGGAGAAAAUAAGGGAAACUGUGGGCAUAUUGCAGAAGAUAAUCCCGGGAAGUAGAGGUAAGGAUGCGAUUGUGGUUCUUGACGAAGCUAUCGCUUAUUUGAAAGCGUUGCAGUGUAAAGCGGAGGCAGUUGGUUUUGAGAUAUCAUGAAUGGAAACAAUUUGGAGAUGUGAUUCUUCUGGUUAAUGGUUGGUUUAUUGUUCUUCUUUCUUUCAUUUCUCUCUUAAUUAUAUUUUAUUUUAUGGAUGGAUGGAUAAAUGUUGGAAUAAAGUUUAACUGUCUACUCAACUACUACUACUCCAAUUUGUCGAGUCUCGGAUGAGGCUGGCUGGCUGCUGCUGCUGCUUUGGACAGUGUUUUCUUUCUUCUAUAUUUAUUAUUGUUGUUGUUGUUUAUGUGUGUUUUUUGUUUGAGGUGUUAGUUGUUCCACUUGUAAUAUGACUGAAUAUGCAGCUGCUGCAUAAUGUUGCCUUUGCUUUGAUUAUUAGUAUUUCUUCUGCUUCUGCUCUUA